AUGGCCCAGUCCCUCGACAUACUGCCAGCAGAGGUACUCCUACGCGUAUUCUCGUUCCUGGAAGUCCCAGAUCUGCUGCAAGUCAGUCGCACAUGCCAUGCACUCCGCGACAUCGCCUGCGAUCCUCUCCUGCACCACGAGCGGCUCCAUCAUGCCUCGUACACCUUGGCCAUUGCCCUGGCGCGACGACCGUUGAAAUCCUCCAUCAGCCCGCCCAAUUCGUGGAUCUGGUUGAGCAAGACCAAUGUCCUGUCCCGUCAGAUAAGCAAGAGCCUCAUCCGCAUUCGCCUCAGUCACAAUCUCGAGCAUAGGCCGAGUCCGCGUAGCCUGGUUGAAAGAGCAAUCCUGCCUUCUUCAUGCACGGGUUACUGGUCGCCCGUGUCGCCAGCUCUGAUACAGUCGCAACAAGCCAUACAACGACGGAGACUGAUAGACGACCUCGGUCGCAAGCUCGAGCGGAGACCCAGCAUGAACAGUCUUGUGUCGCUCAACAUCCUACCAGAAGAAUGUGCCCGUCGGAGUGUAUCUCCCGCCAUCGUGGCUACACGCCGGAAAGUGAUUCGAGAGUCUCUGAAGGAUGGGCUGCGAGCUUGGGUGGAGGGACGGGCUUUACAGGCACAGAAGAGAAAGGCCGAUGAGCUAGAGGCUGCUGAACGGAUCACGGUCAAGACCUUGGUGCGCAGAUUUGCUGCAAGGAAGCUCGUCCAGGAGAUGGCAGACAGUGUUGAUUCUAUAAGUCUGGAGAAACGGAGGGCGCAGGCAAGAUGGGGAAGAGAAGUCGAGAUCGCAAGGCUGGAUCAAGAGAAGAGAACUGCAGCGACUGGCGCCUGUGCUCAUCCGACCAGAGCACAUGUACUGGGACUGCGGAAGUUCUGGGAGGGUGUCAUACGAGCGGCUGCUGGGUGA